AUGGUCCGCUUCAAGUCGAGGUACUUUUUGGUCUCCAUCCAUCCACAGCAGUCGUCCAAGCCGUGGAAGCCGUUUACCGGCAAGAAGUUGCUGUUUGCGUUGAGAGCUGCUGUUAGCAAGUACUUUGGUGACUUCGGCGUUGGAUCGCUGCUCCAAACACUCGCAGUCAAGUAUUACUGCGAUCGCACGCGCCACUGCAUUGUGCGCUGCUGCCGUGAGCACAUGGACAUCUUGUCCACCACACUCACCCUCAUCACCUCCCUCAACGGAUCCGCGUGCUCCCUGCAAAUCCACCACGCCGCAGGGACGAUUCGCUCGUGCCAGCGUGCGCUUGUGAAAUUCAACGCUUCGCAACUGAAAUCGCUCCUCGCCACGUGCACCCCUACAGACGACAGACCUCUUAGAGCCGAUCCCAGCCCAAUGAGGAGACGCGAGCCAAGCAGUUGGGAGGCGUGGAAGCAGCUGGUGAUUGCAUAUGCGCAGGCCAAGCGACUGAACCACCUGGUUGUGAGCCAGUGUGCAUCCAUGGAUCUCUUCAACAACAAGCAGCUUAACCGCGCCCUCAGCACAGACGCCAUCGUCACCGUCCUCGACUUUAUGCAGCAGUCCGGCCACGUUGAGUGGAAGGACGCAUCCAAGACUGAGUGCGCCGUCUUCUGGCAAAGUCCAAAGCAAUGGGGAGGCAUCAUCUACAAAUGGGCGGUGGACACGGGCAACACGGACACGGUGUGCACGUUCUUUGAGUUGCUGGAGGGCGAGACGGGCGAGGGUCAGGAGUUUCACAACAUGGACAGGCACGUGUUCAAGCGCGCAUUGCAGCAGCUGCAAAAGGAAGGCAAAGCGGAGGUGUUUUCGUCCGGCGACGAAGCCGACGACACAGAUGGCGUCAAGUUCUUCAUGCAGUAAACACACACAUGUACACACGUACAUCCACACAUGCAUAAGUACACACGUAUACACUGCUGCUGUUGACGUGACGCGAGGCAAGCGGUCGGACCAGGGUGGGUGUGAGAAAGCAGUGUGCCGAGAGCAGUGUGCCCUUGCAAGCGCAUGCACACACGCACGCUGUCCAUUCAUAGAAUUUGUGUUGUUUAAUGUAAACAUGGUACACUAUCCUAGAG